CUUUUCUUUUUGCUCUCUGUUCUCAAAAAUCAUUUCUUUGGUUUCCAAAAAUCACUUCUUUGGUCUCUGAUUUUGAUUUUGAUUUUCUUCUCUGGCGAGUAAAUUGUACGAAAGGAAGAAGCUUUCUUUAAUGGAGUCGCUGCUCUCUAGUUCUUCUCUUGUUUCCGCUGCUGGUGGGUUUUGUUGGAGGAAGCAGAAUCUAAAGCUCCAAUCUUUAUCAGAAAUUCGAGUUCUGCGUUGUGAUUCGAGUAAAGUUGUCGCUAAACCGAAGUUUAGGAACAAUCUUGUUAGGCUUGAUGGUCAAGAAUCUUCAUUGUUGUUGUAUUCGAAAGAUAAGUCGAGAUUUCGGGUUAAUGCCACUGCGGGUCAGCCCGAGGCUUUCGAUCCGAAUAGCAAACAGAAGUCUUUUAGAGACUCGUUAGAUGCGUUUUACAGGUUUUCUAGGCCUCAUACAGUUAUCGGCACAGUGCUUAGCAUUUUAUCUGUAUCUUUCUUAGCAGUAGAGAAGGUUUCUGAUAUAUCUCCAUUACUUUUCACUGGAAUCUUGGAGGCUGUUGUUGCAGCUCUCAUGAUGAACAUUUACAUAGUUGGGCUAAAUCAGUUGUCUGAUGUUGAAAUAGAUAAGGUUAACAAGCCAUAUCUUCCAUUGGCAUCAGGGGAAUAUUCUGUUAACACCGGCAUUGCAAUAGUAGCUUCCUUCUCCAUCAUGAGUUUCUGGCUUGGGUGGAUUGUUGGUUCAUGGCCAUUGUUCUGGGCUCUCUUCGUGAGUUUCAUGCUCGGUACUGCAUACUCUAUCAAUUUGCCACUUUUACGGUGGAAAAGAUUUGCAUUGGUUGCAGCAAUGUGUAUCCUCGCUGUUCGAGCUAUUAUUGUUCAAAUCGCCUUUUAUCUACAUAUUCAGACCCAUGUGUUUGGAAGACCAAUCUUGUUCACGAGGCCUCUUAUUUUCGCUACUGCGUUUAUGAGCUUUUUCUCUGUCGUUAUCGCAUUGUUUAAGGAUAUACCUGACAUUGAAGGGGAUAAGAUCUUCGGAAUCCGAUCAUUCUCUGUUACUCUGGGUCAGAAAAAGGUGUUUUGGACAUGUGUUUCACUACUUCAAAUGGCUUACGCUGUUGCGAUUCUAGUUGGAGCCACGUCUCCUUUCAUAUGGAGCAAAGUCGUCUCGGUCGUGGGUCAUGUUAUACUCGCAACAACUUUGUGGACUCGAGCUAAGUCUGUUGAUCUGAGUAGCAAAACCGAAAUAACUUCAUGUUAUAUGUUCAUUUGGAAGCUCUUUUAUGCAGAGUACUUGCUGUUACCUUUUUUGAAGUGAUAUUAGAAGAAGAAGAAGAAGAAGUCAUCACUAUGUUUCAUUCAGACAUGUUCAUGAAAUUAGGUAGCAGCUAGGGGUUUUUUUUCUGAAACAUCAACAGACUCCAAAGUAGUAUUUCAUGUAAGAAAAUAAUUUAUGUUGGCUAAAAAUAAAAGGAUUCCUUUCUUGUGCGCCAAGAAAUAAAGGCUUGUUUGAUUA